GGCACGCCUGGCGAGGGGAGGGCGCAGGCGCGGAAGGCUGCGCAGGCGCAGCGCAGGCAGGAAAAUGGCGGCUGGGUUCAAAACUGUGGAGCCGCUGGAGUAUUAUAGGAGAUUUCUGAAAGAAAACUGCCGUCCUGAUGGAAGAGAACUUGGUGAAUUCAGAACUACAACUGUCAACAUAGGUUCAAUCAGCACGGCAGACGGCUCUGCGCUGGUGAGGCUGGGCAACACCACAGUCGUUUGUGGAGUUAAAGCAGUAGGUCUCCUGUCUCUAAGUCUCCUUUGUGGAUCUACAGCUGCAUUGGGCUGUUAUUGCUAUAUACCUGGCUUCUGGCCACUACUGGCUCCCCAGCCUGGUCAGGAAUUUGCAGCACCACCAGUAGAUGCCCCCGAUAAAGGAUAUGUCGUCCCUAAUGUGGACCUGCCACCACUGUGUUCAUCGAGGUUCCGGACUGGACCUCCUGGGGAAGAGGCUCAAGUAACCAGCCAGUUCAUCGCCGAUGUCAUUGAGAACUCACAGAUAAUUAAGAAAGAAGACUUAUGCAUUUCUGCAGGCAAGCUUGCUUGGGUUCUAUACUGUGACCUUAUUUGUCUAGACUACGAUGGAAACAUUUUGGAUGCCUGCACCUUUGCUUUGUUAGCAGCUUUAAAGAAUGUACAGUUGCCUGAAGUUACUAUAAACGAAGAGACUGCUUUAGCAGAAGUCAAUUUAAAGAAGAAAAGUUACUUGAAUGUUAGAACAAACCCUGUUGCUACUUCCUUUGCUGUGUUUGAUGACACUUUAUUGAUAGUUGAUCCUACCGGAGAGGAGGAACACCUGUCCACAGGAACCUUAACGAUAGUAACGGAUGAGGAGGGCAAGCUGUGCUGUCUUCACAAGCCAGGCGGGAGCGGACUGACGGGAGCUAAACUCCAGGACUGCAUGAGUCGGGCAGUCACGAGACACAAAGAAGUGAGCAGGCUACUGGACGGAGUCAUGCAGAGCAUGGAGCACAAAUGAACAAACACCACGAUUGCAAAACAGAUGUAAAAACUUGUAUUUGUUACACUGUGCACAGGCUUUUUAUACUAAAUAAAUACCUAAUUACAUUCUUUGAAAGAUA